AUUAUUUAGCAACAUUGCAUUGUAAUCCUCCAAGAAGUGGCAUGGCUUACACAAAUUCAUAUAUGUUUCUUGGUUUGGGACUUUUUAUUAUUUUAUCUUCUCAAGUUCUAGCUCAAGAUCCUACACUUCCUCCACCUCCUCCUCCCCCUCCUCCUCCUCCUCCACCUCCUCCUCCUACAAUUAUUUUUAUUUUAAACCCAAUGGCAACCCCAAUGGCAACCGUGGAUAGUUAUGCUGGUCUGAUGCAUGAAGUGACACUGCUAGAAGCUGAAGCUGAUCGGAUGACUUUCCGUGCAAAUUUGAUAAAGAAGAAUGUUGCUAAAUCUAUUCAUCAAAGCCGUAAAUUUCUAAAUCACAUAUUUGAUGAAGAAGAUAAAGUUUCCAAAAGUAACGAGGAAGAUAAAGUUUCCUUAACUGAUAAGGAAGAUAAAGUUUUCAAAAAUGACAAUGAAGAAAAAAUUUCAAAUAAUGAAGAGAAAAACAAAGUUUUCAAAAAUGAGGCAGAAGAGAAGAUUUUAAAAUAU